UUACGUUUGAAUGAGGCGUACGCUAGUUGCGAAGGGAUUGUUGUGUUCCGUUGUGAGGUUGUGCGAAGGGGAAAACUAAUGCAGAUUACUCCACGCUUAAUAAUGGAUUUACCGGUUGGAAUAUAUGUGUCCAUUUUCAUCUUAUUUAGCUUAUAUUCAAAUAGUGUGUGUAGUCAGCUAUAUAUGGAACCAUCAAAAGACACGCAUGGUUAUUUCACAGGUGACAAUUUUUUCAUAACGUGUUUCACUACAGCAGACAGUACGUUGUCGUGGUCUGACGGCGACGGGAAUCGUAUAGAAGCAACAGAAGGAAGCCUCCAUGUGCAAAAAUCUGAUAGUAACGAAAACGGUUUGAGGCUUGUGUUCACCAACGUUGAGAAACACCAUGCAGGCACGUACACGUGUAGUGAUGACCAAGGCAGUAUUUCUUUCGAGCUCAUCGUUUACCGAUCUAUCAGCUUUACCGAUACACAGAGAGACCAGCAUGCUGCUGAAGGACAGACUGGCAUAGUAAUGUGUAAUACUCAUUCAGAUUCUAAGGUUAAUAUAAACUGGUACUUCAAUGGAAGCAAAAUUGCAGCUAGUGAGAAGUAUAAUAUAUCAGGAAAUCACUUGACUAUCCAUAAUUUAACUCGAGCUGAUGCUGGAAUUUACAAGUGCAGUGCAUUUGUGAUAACAGCUUUGAUUUCACAAGUAAAGGAUCUGGACAUCACAUUACAUGUGCAAUAUGCUCCAGAAAUCAAUGGAGACCACCAUGUUGUAUCAUUUGCAAGUAUAAGCUCAGUAAAAAAUCUUACCUGUUCUGUUUCUGCUGAUCCUCCGCCUAUGUUUGAGUGGUUACGUGAUGACAUGGAGAUUGAUAAUGGCACUGAGGACCGUUUGAUUUUCAAUAGUGAAGACAGCAGUGUUUUACAGCUUACUGUUGACUCUGAAGAUAAGUUAGGUGAAUAUAUUUGCCAAGCCAGUAAUCCUAUGGGCCAGAAAGAAGUGGUCAUUGAAUUAAAAGGGGGAGAAACACCGCCAGCUCCUGAAGUGUCUGUUGUUGGUGAAGAACAAGGAGUUGUAAAGCUGGAAAUCAAAGCUGAUGAUGCACACAAAAAUGAUGAACUCAGAAUCACUGGGUAUAAAGUUGAAUAUAUUUUGGCUUCAGAAACAUGGGAUGCAGCCAACAUCCAAGAGUUUGAAAUUGGUGAAUCAUAUGUAUUAAGAAACACAAGUUUUAACACUGAUUAUAUCAUUCGUGCUGCAGCAGUGAAUGCAGCUGGAUAUGGUCCCUUUUCUGAAGAAGUGAAAUAUGCAACACAUGCAUUACAAACAGCAUCUGUAAUAGGCCGUGCUUCUGGUUUGGUUUCAUCAUCUUUAGUACUUGCUAUUUCCAUAAUUUUCUUUCGUUUAUUUUAACAUGAAUAUAAUAAAAUAAAUAUCAGGAGAAAAACAUCAGAUACCCAGUGGAUCAUCCCAAAGGCUGGAAUUUCAUUUUCAAAAGCAUGAUUUUAAAAAUUAUUUAUUUUCAUCUCUUAAAAACUGAUCUUUUUAAUUGACUAUCCUCUGUUUGCUUCCAUAAUUAAUUCUGUGAAUGACAUGUCUGUGUAGUUAAAAAACUAAAGCAUAUACUGUCCAGGUUAUUCUCUGAAGCAGAGUUAAAAAACUAGAACAGUUGAUUGUAAAAUUUUGUAGUGCAUUUUUAAAAAAAUUAUUUUUGCAUUAAAUUGUGAUAAUUCUUUCACUUAAAAUAUAUUAAUUUCACCAAAUUCAUAGUUAUGACAUAGAAAUAAAGGAAGAUUUAAUGUCAUUUACUUUGCAUGAUACAAAUUAUAAAAUAUUUAAUUGCCUGCAUUCUUGCACAUUUUGUAAUUAACUGAUAAUAUGUAUGAUAAAUUUAUUAUAUUGUAAUAUUUCAACUGGCAUAUUUUAUACCAUAAAUUUGAUUUGCAUAAUGUAUUUAUGUUUUAAAUUGAUUUCUAUAUAGGUAUGUAUUAUAUAUGUGUGUAUAUAUGCAUACCUAUAUAUGUACCACUGAUUUUGAUUCAGUUUGUUCUUUGGUAUCUAUAUUUACUUUGUGUAUGCAUAUUGAAUGUUAAUUUCACUCUAGCAAUUAAAUCUUCUGAUAAAUAUCUGUAAUAUAGUAUUUUGUAUAUUGUUUCAUUUUUUCUUAAAUAUGUGUUUUGCAUAUAAUGUAUUUAGAAAGGAAAACUGCGUAUUUUCUGUAUUCUCAUGAAGAAAUCCUAAAGAAAAAUAUAUCUGCUUAAGUAUUCUCGAAAUAUAUAAAGAAAUUAACAGUUCUUUUUUUAUAGAAUAAAUACAAACAAAUAUAGUGGUAGUAGUAUAGUUUUUUAAACAUUGCACUGGUGUUUAAUUUGCAAAAUAUACAUUGUUUUAUGACAGUGCAUGCAUUCCAUAGCUGUCCAUAUAUUUUCCUUUCUUGAAUUAUUAAAAAAGGGCAUGCAUUCCAUAUUUAAAUCAAAUAAAUUGCUUCAGCUUUUUUAUACUACAAAUAUAAAAAUUUAUUUCAAAUGUAAAUAGUUUUUUAAUACAAAACUUUAAAUAUUUAAUAAGAAAUUUGAUGACAUGUAAUUCAUAAUUUUUUAACAAACAUUUAACAUGAAUGUCCUUUUCAUGUGUAAUAUUUCCAUAAGUUUAAAAAAGAUCAAAUUUAAUAUAUUCGUAAGAAUAUCAAUUAAAUCUCUAGUAAUUUAUAAUGCAAAUCUGUUGGAAGCUUGGUGAUUCAUAAUGGAGAGUUACAAAUGAAAAGUGCGAUUGGUCAUUCCAGCCAGGUGGAAUUAGCAUGCUAUUUCAAUAUUUCCUAAAAAAGCAAAUUUUUCCAAAGAAAAAUUUUCACUUAAAGACUGCUUGAACUUUGUAAAAUGAUUCUAAAUAUAUUUUCAUGUUUCAAGUGCUUGUGUAUUGUAACAAAGCUCAAAUAGAAACCUUUGUUUAUGUUUUAUUUUUUGUGAAUUAAUGUAUUUUAGCAAAACUUUAAGAUUUAAGAUAAUUUGAUGCAUGUGGAUCAAACACAUAUUAAGAAAAAACUGUGAAUAAAUAUCAGAAGCACAGGCUUUAUGGAGAAGUUUCUGCUAAGUAAAUAAAUACUUUUGAAUUUAAAGACACUAUGUAAAAUAUUAUCAAAUUAUUGAUAAUGAAUUUAAAAAGGCAUAUUUACAUAUAUGACUGAUGUAGAGAUUUUGUUAGCUUGUAAAUGAGAAAUAUACCUUCUGAUGAGGAAGGUAUAAUAUGCAGCAUAAGUUCUAUUGUGUCUGCAUGUGAUUUUUAAUAUACUUGUAGCAAUCUUUUUGACAAAUACUGUAAAGUGGUUAAUUCUCAGUGAAUGAUAUUUAUUUUGAUCAGAAGUAAUGGGAAAUAAUUGGGAGGAGCAGAACGUUUUUGAUUUAGACAUUUAUGUUUAAUUAACUGGCCAUCCUUGUUCCUGAUUGUUUUGAUUAAUACACAAAGUGCUAAAAAUGGAGCAGGUUUCUCUUGAAAGUUUCAUAUGGAAGUGGUUAGAAAGUUUUCUUGAAUUAUAAACUACUUUUCAUUAAAAUUGUUACAAAAAGUGUAAAACACUGCCAUUAUUUAAGGUAUCUGUAAAAAUUAAAAAAUAUUCUUUAAGUAUUUUGCCUGGCUUAAAGGAGUUGAAAAGUUACACAUUAGUACAACAUUACUACAUGGGAAGCAUUCAGUAAUAAUUGCAUCAUUUAUCCUGCUAAAAAACAGUUUUUGUAUGCGCUAUUUUAUUUCAAGAUAUUUAAAUAUGUGCAGGGAUAAAAACAUAUGUGUUCAGAGAUUUUAUUUUGUCCUGUAAAAUGUUUGAUCUUAUGUCAUCAGUUUCAUGAAAGUGAAAUGUAUUUGUAUAACUUGUAUAUAGUUGAAUAUUGCUUUUAUGAAACAUUAUUUAGAUUAUUCUUAAGAAUUGAACUAGCUUCUAAUAUUAAGAAAACUUGUGUUCUGAAAGUUAUUGAGCCUGUUCUGUGCAUCAUAUGUUAGAUCUUUAACAAACCCCUAGUCUUAGCAACAUUCUUACAAUAUCUGCUGUAAAAGUUAGCAAAAUCUUUCAACUUAUAUCCACAAAUCAUCUUUAAUAUAGUACCUUUAUGUAAUAAUAUACUUCUAUGCAUGCAGAUAAGCCUAUUUAUAAGAAAGUUAGUGCAGUAAUAGCAUGAAUUUAUUCAAGUAUAUUUGAAUAAAUUUGCAUAUUUUAUUUUAAAUAAUCCCAACCAUAAAAAUAUAUGAAAUGUUAUAACUUCUGUUUAUUUCCAUGCAAAUAUUUGAUUGUGUACAAUAUAAAAAACAAGCUUUUGUUGUAGUAUAAACUUUGAUGUAAAUAUUAUCCUGUAUUUUAUUUUAUUUUCUCUUUAUUUGUGCAUACAUAAUAAAAGUUAAAUUUCAUUUUUAUAUGUAUAUUAAUUUUUCUAAGUUUACAUUAUUAUUUCUAUUUUAUCUGUCUUCCAUUUAUC